AUGCGCAAAAAUUCACAUAACACACUUAAUAUUCAAUAUGAAUGCCAAAUAUUACCUCCGAUUUUGUGUUUUUAUACUGAUGGAGGUCCAGAUCAUCGUUGCAACUAUGGAUCAAUACAAAUUGCAUUGAUCUGUCUUUUUCUUCAAGGAGAUUUUAAUUUACUUGUUGCAGUUCGUACAACUCCUAAUCAUAGCUGGACAAAUUCUGCAGAACGAAUUAUGAGUACUUUGAAUUUAGGUCUUCAAGGUGUGGCACUCAAGCGUGAUCAAAUGAGCUCUGAAUCUAAAUCUCUAUUUGAUAUGACAAAUACAUUAAGUGAUAUACGACAAAAAGCUCAAGAAUUCAAUGAAUUAAAAUCUGAAUUAAAAGAAAGUAUAGUGAGUAUUCAAGAUUUAUUAAAUAGUCGAACAGAACGACUUUUAUUGAAAGACAAAAAAUUUAAAUGCCACAAUUCAGCAAAUUCAACUUUGAAAAUUGAAGAAACUACACAAGCACAAAUCCGUCAUCACUCUGUAUUAGUUGAGUUUAUGAAUACUCAUUGCCGUAUUAAAAAAUGCAACAAUACUACUUGUUUGUAUUGUAAACCAAUUCGCCUUCCAUCAUCUGAAUUUCGUAAUUUAAGUUUUCUUCCAGACCCAAUUCCUUCGCAAAAUAAUACAGAUCAUUAUGCAACUUUUCAAGACAUUUAUAGAACUGAAACUACUGAAAAAUAUAGACCAACAUACAUACAAUCACAAGUAAAUGCGGAACCUAUUCCAAAGUCUAUAUUGGUUGUGAGAAAAAUCCGUAGUUACAUUAAUUGUGAAGAUUGUGGAAAACGUCGCUGUGUAUAUAGUGACAAAUCAUUAACUUGUAAAGAGCAACAAGAUUAUCAACAAGCAUUGGAUUCAUAUUCAUACUCUUGUGGUGCACUAAUUUUUCUUGAUGAUCAUUAUUUGAAAGAAACAGUAUUUGUGCGUACUCGAAUCAGUUGUAACUCACCAAUUGAGAUUCUGUAUUAUUCAAGUCACAAAUCAGGAAACUAUCUAAUAUGUUAUUAUUGUGGAGAAAGUGAAGAUUUGGUAACGACGCCACAAUCUUUAAAAGAACAUUUCAAACAAAUUUAUCCAUUAUGUGAAGGAUGUCAGGGUAAUGGGAAAGAAUUCUAUACUAAAGGAGAGAUUAAAACUAAUGGGUGUUCUUCUAAACAUCAUAAAAUAUAG